UUUCGCCGGUCACGAUCGUGGUCAACAGGCAGGAGUAAAUCAACGCGGGUUUCCCUCGAAUUUUUGCUGCGUAUAAGCCCGAGUCGGACGCGUGACCGUGAAAAUUCGCGGAUCGAACCGAUUCCACGUUCGAAAAAUCGAAAAUCGGUGAUUGUCAAAGGUCGUUAACGUAUUUCUCGAGUGGAAGAUUAUGUUCGCUCUCAGAGCGAUGCUCGCCGACCGUUUACCAGUCGCAGCUGUACUAUAUCAAAUCGUUCAGAAUCCUUUGUUCGUUAUGAAUUUUGCCACAGUUUUCACUCCCGAAGGAAGAAUGUCGCUCGAAGCUGAAAAACAAAAAUUCAUGACCAUGCCGUUAGCAGAGAAAAGGAAAUAUUAUAAAGGAGGCGUUACCACGUUAGAUAGAGUUCCAACAUGGGCGGAGUACUGGCGUAAGAAUAAAACCAAUAUCGGCCUGUUGACUCUCGAGAAGGUCGAACCAGUCGACGAGGAAAUAGCUAACAAAGUUUCUAUGUGGCAAGGCGAUAUCACGUCUCUAGAGAUAGAUGCUAUAGUGAAUGCUGCAAAUUCGAGUCUGCUCGGUGGUGGCGGAGUUGACGGAGCUAUUCACAGAGCCGCGGGACGAACUUUAAAGAAAGAGUGUUCGACUUUGGGUGGAUGUCCUGUCGGAGAAGUUAGAAUAACCGGGGGUUAUAUGUUACCUGCGAAGCAUGUUAUCCAUACGGUUGGUCCGCAAGGGGAAAAGCCAGAAAAGUUGAGGGAUUGUUACAAGAAUAGUCUCAGGAUUGCCAAAGAGAAUAAAUUACGCACAAUAGCUUUUCCUUGCAUCUCGACUGGAAUUUAUGGAUAUCCGCAAAGACCAGCAGCCAAAGUAGCUUUAUCGACGGUUAAGAAGUUCCUACUCGACAACAAAGACGCAGUGGAUAGAGUUAUCUUUUGUCUGUUUCUUAAAUCCGACAAAGACAUAUACGAGGAACUGUUACAAAAAUAUUUUGCUACCGAUUAAACGUCCGUCGGCAGAGGUAUCCUGUACUUUAAACUGAAAUUUUAGAAUGUGCUUUACAAAGCUGUAUCGAAGUGUGCGUCAAAUAAUAUUC